UCAAAAUAUGUCAUAUGUUGCAGGUAGGCGAAUACAUUAAAGAAGCACAUGAUUAGAAUCGUAUACUCGAUAUAUAGAUGAUUUCAAGGAGACCAGGCUAUUUCGGCUGAAUCGCGGAGAAAGUUCAUACAAAGUUUUUGAAUUUUUCUCGAGCUUGUGCUUAUCAUUCCCCUCUUCAACUCUCAUGAGGUCAUGUGCCCAAUAUACUGCGCACAGCUCCAGAAAAGCCGAAUGUUAACGGUACACCUGCUCAUGCAAACGCCACGAGUAAAUGUCAGCAUCAAAAAAUGUCAGCAACCUUGGUGGUACUUCUCAUGACCAGCUGAUCCAAAGAAUUUCUAAAGAUCUUGGGGACAUCGGUCCAAAUGUUCCAAGCAAAAGAAUGGGCUCCCACGAAGCCGUCUUCAGCACAAGCAAAGAUCUCAUUACAUAUAUUUUCCCGGACUUCAAAGCCGUGGAUUAUUUCCGUAGGGACUUCGUGUCGCUCAAUGAGUUUCAUAUUUUGGAAAAGACAGAAGCUAAUGGGUUUGAAAUUUAUCUUGUUGACCAGUGGAUUAGAGACCGGAAGAUCGGUUCUGUUGCGUCUGUCUUCACGGGAAAUUCACACUCGAAGGUGAAAGUCUGCAAAUUCACCACCACUAAAAAACAAUCCAGGAAUUAUCCCCCUAGGUUCCAAGAAUAUUUGAAUGAGCUUCUCCUCAACCAUGCGACAUUUAAGCGGAUGGAUCUGGUACCAAACGCUAAUCCCUCUAACUCCUCCGUUGUCGAGGAUGGUUCAGAUAUCGCCGCAUAUUUAUUGGUGACAAAUAUCUCUGCCAUGCCACAUAAUUUGUUCUUGAUUCCAAUCCCCGAAGGUGAUGUUCGUGCCGUUGGACACAGAUACAUGGUGAACUCCAAUCUAAAGAAACUCAAAUGCGGGGGCCGUUCUCUUUCUUUGUUGGCAGAAAAGGUUUCUGAUGCUUCGGAAGAUAAAUUCAGGCAAAUGUACUGUAUACUCAACGAGUCUGUUCCCAUUCAAUUUGCAAUUCUAGAAUUAGUCAACAUAAUUCAAACUUGCCUCUUCUAUUUCGAUCUUCUUGAUGCGAAAUAUGCUGAUGGAUUACUCUGUCAUAAGACUGAAGAUGCUAUAAAAAACUGGUGGAAUCUUGUUGGAUUACCUCACUUCAAUUCCAAACCAAAUCACAAAUCAGGAGUGCUAUGUUCAAAAACGGUCGCUGCCAUCAUUAGUUUAACGGUCAGUGUGAAACUUAGAUUGCAGUUGAUUGGCGGAUGUGAUGUCCCCAAAGAUCCGUUUGAAGCAGAAAGCUUCUUGAUAUCUAUUGGCCACUUUCAAAAACAAGUAAAAAUCGAAAAAAGAAGAAAGUUGAAUUUACUCACACUCUCAAGAUUGUUUUAUUACACGAAUCAAAACGCUCUGUCGGAAAAAUCGAAGUCUUUUUAUUCUCCUUUUGGGAAUGAGCUAUCUUUUGACGACACAGAGCUGGCCACUUUCUUUGAUCAAUCGUAUGUUAGUCCAUCUGGAGCUAAAAACAAUUCAAGUGCUUCUCUACCAGGUCAAGCCGCUUCUGCGUAUCGCAGAAAUAAGAUAUAUUAUUCUAAGGAGCUAAAAAAACUCACAAAUGUGGUGAAGAACACUGUACAAGAUCAUAUCAUGGUUAAAGAAGAUCAGGAUGAUUUGUACGCGGAUACUUCGCUCACCAAGCCAACCACUAAAUUAAGAAACAAAAUAGGCUUCAAACUCUCGGAUAAUCUUGUACCUGCAGAUAUUGAGACUACCGACAUCGAAUUAUUUUCAAAAAAAUGUAUCGUUGGAAAAGUAUUACAAAGAUUGUGGGUUGGGCUUUCGCCAAGUGAUGUCAAAUUAGCUAUUGGUCAGGUGAGUGGAGAAAAAGAACCAAAUUCGAGCUUCAUUUCGGGCGACAACGAUGGGUAUACUUUUCUUAGCUUUUGUGAUGCGUUUUCCGCCAAUCAAGAUCUUCACCAAGUAGCCGAUAAAUCAGGUCGUCUUGGAAGAAUGAAGCUUACCUUUCAGAGUCGUAAGACUACAACAAAGUCAGACACAAAUGAAUCUCAAGCAAAUGAAUUUCAAAACCCUCCAGCGAGGCAUGAAACAUAUGGCUCCCUUUUGGAUUCCGAAUUACGAAAACUAUCAGAUAGUCUGUCUCCUCUUGAAAUGAACACGGAUACAAAUUGCAACUCUUCUGAUAUUGUAGCGGAAAAGCGCGAUAUCAGCUCCUUAAGUCGGAGAAAUUCGUAUCCAUUCGUGAAAUCAUUCGGUGAGUCAAAUCUUAGAACGAUUACAGCUACGCAACCAGAUGGCCACGGUCUCAGAGCCCAUAAUCGAUACUCGAAGAGAGCUGUUAGCUUUUCGAUUUUAGAAGAUUUCUUCAAUGAUUUUUCGACAUCAAUUUCUCAUGAACGAACACGAAUGGAUUAUCUAUCUGAGGUGUCUCGCGCCAUUCUGUUGGAGAAUUUAAGGAAGGGAUGCGAGAAUACACUUUCAACCGAGGUUGCACCGAAAGAAAAGCUCAUAAAUCUCGAGCUACAAAAAAUUCUGAACUCACACUCUAUCAUGGUACAUCGAAAGCUGCGAUUCGAGUCUGAGUACGGGGCUGUUCUCGAUAUUAGAAUGAAGGACCUUGCCGAUAACUUGGACAAGAUGGCUUUUCGCUCAAGGGAUCUUCUCAAGAAAAUUGAUGAGUUGGAUGAGCAUUUGGAAAUUUUUGAGUCUAAAUUGCAUUCCGAAAGCAUGACUAAACUUGACUCUAUUAUAAACCGGGUUUUGCACUCCGCAAAAUUCGACUGUGUUUUCGAAGAUCGUGACGAAAAGCUUCAAAUAGUCAAGUCACUCACAGGUGCGGAUCAGUUGCAUGAUGAAGAAAAAUUCAGCAGCAAAAGCAGCUUGUGCAUUCGGCAAUUCAUUGUCUUCUUAUAUCAAAUCGCAUUGAUGAUUUUGCAAUUGUUUCACUUUGACAGAUCGAAGAUGAACUUGGACAGAAUUAGGGGUCAGUACAGGAAACUCGAUCCCAACAGAAAAUAUAUCAGAAAGAUUUACAAAAUCAUUGAGCGGGAGCCGCAAGAUGGAGCCCCAAGUCAGUUCAGUUCAGAUAACAGCGAAGAGGCUGCAUAGUUUAUCAAUGUACGUUCUGCAGGAAAUCACAGGAACUAUACGCCUUUCUCGGUAAGAUCAUUGAACUUUUUAUUCAAUUGUUGGAUCACUUUUAAAAGAGCCUCUUGAGACUUUGGCGCGAGCAAAUGGGUUUCCUCGGACUCGAUUACCUCUAGUACUUUCAUGGCGUUAUUGUAGAGUGCAGACUGUGAUGCUUCUAAUCUGGAAGUGUUGACACGCAAUAGAUUCUUAAUUUGUUCUAGUGCUGUACCAUCGAAUUCUUUUACCUCAUACCCGAGAGUUUCUUGCAGUCUGCUUUUGUGAAAGCUGUUGUAGUACCUCUUGACACUUGACAUUAAUGUCUCGCACUCGCCGACCAUUUCCUUGAGCUUUUGCGAAAUGUAAUUCUCUUCCUGAAUAUCCAUGACAAGUUGGAGGCGAGAUUUUUCCAACUCAUAGAUGAAUAUAUCUUCGUCAUCUGAUGGAAUAUCAUCUUCUAGUUCCGUAGUAUCACUAACGAC